AUGGCCGCCCACCAACGUACUGCGUCACCGCGUACUGUGACACCAAGCGCUGGAAGCAGGACAAUACAGAUCAGUCCUCAGCCCGUCCUGCGCCUGUCUGCUCCAUCAGGCGUGCUCCGUCUGCGGGCAGAGCCUACCGAGCGACGACAUAUCCAGUGGGCAGAGGACGUGGUUGACAACGAAGGCAUGGGCAAGAAGUCGUCCAAAGUCUGCUGCAUCUAUCACAAACCUCGCGCUGUGGAUGAGUCUUCCGACGACGACUCUUCGGAUUCCUCUUCAUCGGACUCGGACUCAGAUUCCGAACCUGACAACAGUACCGCAAGGCCCGCCGGCAGGAUUGGUGCCGCGCGGGGAAGGCGGCCGCACCAGCACGACCACGACGGAUGCGCAGAAAAUCACGGCUGUCAUGAGGGCUCGGGCCAGUCACAAAAAACAAAGAGGCAGCGGAGGAAGCCCAGCCCAAAUGCUUACGAGAAGAUGCCGAAGCAGAAGAAGUAG